GUGGCGCGGGCGCCGUUUUAUUUAACGCAAUCCAAAAAAUAAAUAAAAUAUUUAAACAGAAAACACUCGCUCACAGAGCAAAAUAAAAGGGUAAACAAAAACAAAUCACUGGCUGGGCAAUCGCCUUCACUGACGCUAGUUAGUUUCGGUUUUUAAAUAAAUUCGUCUCUGUCUCUGUCUCUGUCUCUGUCUCUGUCUCUGUCUCUGUCUCUGUCUCUGUCUCUGUCUCUGUCUCUGUCUCUGUCUCUGUCUCUGUCUCUGUCUCUGUCUCUGUCUCUGUCUCUGUCUCUGUCUCUGUACUCGCUCUCUCCUCUUUAACACCCACCCCGAGUUAGCGAGCUGCAGGCUUUUUAUAACAGGUGACCAUCUCCCGAUUAGCAACAAAUUAAAUUACCUAAUUAAUUCGGGAGAUGGCCACCUUCUGCACGAGUUUUAAUUAUACACUACAGUUAUUCAAAAUACACUGCACAGGGGCGGAGGGGGAGACCUCGAUCUAAAAAUAAAAAAAACAAAACAAUGUACAGGGCUGCUCGCCCUGUUACAAGUACUUAUUUUUUUUAAUUACUUAUUUUUGUCACUGCUUUUAAAGUAAAAAUUAAAAUGACAUGACAGGCACUAUAUUAGAAAUAAAGAUUGACUGGAGCAGAAUUUCAGAACAACAUGAGCCUGAUAUUUUAAUGCUUUUAGAAAAAAAAGAAGUUUGUAUUUACAACCCUUCGCGCAUGGAUCUUGAAACCGUGCCAGGCAUCCGAAAUGAGCGACAGAAACGUCUGAUGAUGUAGAGAAAAGGUGCUUUGAAUGCCAAUUAUAACCAGCAGUAACUUCAAACAUUUCUCAGCACAUGAGAGAAGGCAGAAAGGUAGAUACACAGAGAGAAAUCUCCCAAGAGCUGGGGCAAAAGAAGGAAAUAGUCAGAAAGAUAGACAGCUUGCCCAUCUGAUGCUGAUUGGAACAGAGGAAAGUCUGUUACCUACAGCCUUCACAGGCAGACACACGCUCAAGAAGAGACCACAGAUCUUAAACAGUAACACUAGACAGGUAUCCGCUCUGAGAUGUGGUGCCACUUUUUAAUCUUCUUGGCUGCCGUAAGCACUGCAGGCGCCACCUGCCACCAGAAAAGGGAACCAGCAGGCCAAAGAGGCUCUAUCUUUGCCGACCUGACCGCCGACGAGAUGCAUGCAGUGCGAGACUUCCUGAUGUCUAAACCACAGCUGCGCCUCUCCUCCUCCCACAAAGAGACCCUGAAGAAAAACAGUAUCUUCCUGAUGGAGCUGCAUGUUCCCAAGAAAGGCGAUGCUCUGAAAACCCUGGACAAGGGACAUGCCAUACCAAAGCGUGAAGCUAGGGUGGUGGUGACAUUUGGUGACCAGCUGCGCCCCAACAUCACUGAGUACAUUGUGGGACCUUUGCCCAAACCCACCUAUUACAAACGCAGAACCUUUAAAGGUAAGCCUCCCAAGUUUGAGUCAAGGCCCAUCAGCCAAAUGGAGUAUCGUCACGUCAUCAAUAAGCUGCAGGAGAUCACAAAGAAAGUGUAUAGGAUUCUAGUAGACACCACUGGCUUCUCUUUCCACAAUUGCACUGAUAGGUGCCUGACCUUCUCUGAUAUCGCUCCCCGGGGCCUAGAGUCUGGAGAGAGGCGGACCUGGAUCAUGCUUCAGAAGUUUGUGGAGGGCUACUUCAUUCAUCCCAUUGGCUUUGAGUUCCUUCUCAACCACAAGUCCCUGGACCCAGCUGAGUGGGAGGUAGAGAAGGUCUGGUAUAAUGACCAGUACUUUGACAGCGUGGAGGAACUGGUUGAGAAAUACGAGAAAGGGGAAGUCACCAAGAUCAAGCUGCCUGACCAUGAUGAUGACGAUCUGUACUCCACAUACAUCCCCCGCGGGGAGAGCAGCAUACGAGCCAACGUUCAGGGACCCAAGCUGGUGCAGCCCCAGGGACCACGGUACCGGGUGGAAAAAAACUUCGUGGAGUAUGCAGGUUGGUCCUUUGCUUUCCGGGUGCGCUCCUCUGCCGGUCUGCAGCUGUUUGACCUCCGAUUCAAUGGGGAGAGGGUGGCUUACGAGAUCAGUCUCCAGGAGGCGGCGGCUUUCUAUUCAGGGAGCACGCCGGCUGCCAUGCAGACCAAGUACAUUGAUGCAGGUUGGGGUAUGGGCACUGAAGACUUUGAGCUGGCCCCAGGCAUCGACUGCCCCGAGAUCGCCACUUUCUUGGACCUGUACCAUUACUACGACACAGAUAGGCCGGUGCUGUACAAGAACGCCCUCUGCAUCUUCGAGAUGACCACCGGUGUUCCCCUGAGAAGGCACUUCAACAGCAACUUCAAGGGCGGCUACAACUUCUAUGGGGGUCUGGAGAACAACGUGCUGGUGAUCCGGACCACAUCCACCGUUUAUAACUACGACUACAUCUGGGAUUUCCUGUUCUACCAGAAUGGGGUGAUGGAGGCCAAGGUCAGUGCCACAGGGUACAUCCACGCUACCUUCUUCACCCCAGAUGGGCUUAACCACGGGGCCAGGGUCUACAGCUAUGUUCUGGGCAACCUGCAUACUCACCUGGUCAACUACAAGGUGGACCUGGACAUUGCAGGUAGAGAUAACAGCUUCGAAACCAUAGAGCUGAAAUACGAGAACUUCACCAACCCCUGGAGCCCUCGUCACUCCAUCGUUCAGUCUCGGCUCCAUCGCACUCAGAGGACAACCGAAAGGGAGGCCGCCUUUCCCUUCGGCAAGCACCUCCCUCGAUACCUGCACUUCUACAACCCCACCAAGAAGAACAGGUGGGGCCAUCACAAGGGAUAUCGGAUCCAGUUCAACUCCCAUGCUUACAGCGUCCUGCCACAGGGCUGGAAGGAGGAGGUUGGCAUUACCUGGUCAAGGUACCCCUUGGCAGUAACUCGUCAAAAGGACAGUGAAAUGACGAGCAGCACCAUUUACACACAGAAUGACCCGUGGGAGCCAGUAGUGUCCUUUGAAGAUUACAUUCGAGACAACGAAAAUAUCGACAAAACGGAUCUGGUUGCCUGGGUAACAGUGGGGUUCCUGCAUAUCCCACACUCUGAGGACAUUCCCAACACAUCUACCCCGGGAAACUCGGUCGGAUUCUUCCUCCGACCGUUUAACUUCUUCGACGAGGACCCCUCCGUUGCGUCCAGGGACACGGUCAUCGUCCGGCCGCACAAGAACAGCUUCUCCAAGGUAGACACGGACCGGUGGACUCCCGAGCUGGCGGGAUACUGCAUGUCCAACAAGCCCUUCCAUUACAACGGCACCUACAGGGAAGUUUAAGAACAAGCCCACAGCUGAUUGCAGUCACGUUCUUUCAGUGGGGGUACAAGGGAAUGGACACUGACACGACAAAAAGACUCUAAGACACAAAGAAACACCCCCCUUUUUGAUUGACUUCAAUAUCUCCAGAUCUCAGGAGCUUUCUUUCAGUAUCUAUCUUUCUCCAAAAGCACAGCCGGUUUAUUUUGUUAACUUAAUAUCACCAACUCUUUUUCUAUUAACUCUUGUUUCAUUUAGCUUUUAACUAAAUGCUGACUAAGGUUUAAACUACAUUAUUGACUUCUUACUAGCAUUGUGAUUGGUCCCACUUUUUUAUUCUGAAGAUCCUUCAAUUACAAUGCAGUAGAUUUUAAAAAGAAAAAUCAAACUGUUUCAUGAGAUUUUGUCAAAAAGCAGUCACAACUUUUUCUUCAAUAGCGCUGUAUGUUCUUCAACAGAAGAAACUGAUAAUAUAGCUUGUCCUGAUGACAGAUAAGAACAGGGUGGUAUAUGUGUGUGUUUCUAAUCUUUUGUUUUCUUUGUGCCUCUUGGUCCCAGUGCCAAUGUAGUUACCUUUAUACACUGAGAGAUUUAAUGGUGCUUGUUUUUAUGCUAUCAUUACAGAUAGCUGUUAUAUUGUGAGGCUCUCAUCUCUAUACCCUGAUUACAGAGUACACAGGGAAGGCGUGGAUACCUCCCUAUGUGGAACAUUAAUGUAUAUUUCCAUAAGCACUCAUUUCCAUAAGUACUAUCCAUUUUGUACUUGCUAUUACAGCAACCUGAAAAAUGUAGAAAAUGAAUUGAUGUCUGCUGUGCCUUAUACAUGAUACAACUGAAAUGUUACACAACCUUUAAUAAACAACAUGGUUUGGAAUGAU